AUGUUAUUAGGAACGCAAACACACUGUGGCGGUGCAGGAGCGGCCAGCGUUGCAGCGGCAGCCGCAGCUGCAGCACUGGUUGCAUCGAAAACGGGAAGCAGCGGGACAGAUUUUUCAAUCGCCGCCAUCAUGGCUCGUGGUGGAAACAGUUCGAGUCGGGAACCAUCGGAGCGAAGCAGCAGUCCUCUAUCAGUUGAUCGGUUCCCCGAAGCUGAUGACGAUAUCGAUGUGGACGUGGAGCAAUGCAGUGAUUCGGAGGUGGCCGCCACCUCUAACCACGGCACAUCCAAGAACCGUGGAACCAAAUCUCGAAAGGAACCGACAUCACCGGCUCGUACUACUGGCAGUCCUUCGGACGAGGAAAGGCUUACACCGGAACCAGCACAGUCAAAAUCGACGAUUGUUGGAACGUGUAACUGUGACGAACUGCGGCCUGUACAGUGCCACCUAGAAACGAAGGAGCUCUGGGACAAAUUCCACGAUCUUGGUACUGAGAUGAUCAUCACUAAAACUGGACGACGCAUGUUUCCAACAGUUCGCGUUUCGUUCUCGGGACCAUUGCGCCAGACGACUCCUUCCGAUCGGUACGUGGUGCUGCUCGAUAUCAUUCCAAUGGACAGCCGGCGUUAUCGGUACGCCUACCACCGUUCGUCCUGGCUGGUGGCCGGCAAAGCGGAUCCACCACCGCCCGCCCGACUUUACGCACACCCGGACACACCGGUCGGAUCGGACGCGCUCCGCAAACAGGUCAUUUCGUUCGAGAAAGUCAAGCUCACCAACAACGAGAUGGACAAGAACGGUCAGAUUGUACUCAACUCGAUGCACCGCUACCAGCCAAGGGUUCAUCUCGUUCGUCUUGGACCGGGACAAAACAUCCCCAACACACCAAAGGAGCUACAGGAGGUGGACCACAAAACGUAUGUCUUUCCCGAAACUGUAUUCACAGCGGUAACCGCCUAUCAGAAUCAGCUGAUAACGAAGCUAAAAAUCGAUUCCAACCCAUUCGCGAAGGGAUUUCGGGACUCCUCGCGAUUGACCGACUUUGAUAGUUACUGUGGCAUGGACCCAAUGGAUGCUCUCCUGCUAGAACAACAUCUCCGCUCACCGAUGCGCCUCUUCCCAGACCCGAUGGCGAUGGCACAGUUUGCGUCCAGCCAGGAUCCAGACGGUUCAGCGCAGGCCGCACUCUUUGAGAAAGCUCGUCAGCAUCUGCAGCUCUGGGGUCGGUCACCCUACAGCGAGCUGCUCCUGCCCCAGAUGUACCAGCGUCCUCCGGCAAGCAUUGGCGCACUCAAUCUCGGACUGUGGCAGGCAACCGGUGGCCAGUGGCCACCACAAUUACCACCCGGAUUUCUGCAGCAACAAGCAUCCCUUGCCGUAGCGGCUGCCGCAGGACAGAGUCCUCGCACUCCACCUCCGGCACCGCCAGUUUCAAGCCCCUCGCCAAACCCUGGAUCACCGACGCCCGGUGAAAUGCGUGCAAGACAACUGGGGAAUCGGUUCAGUCCCUAUCAGAUACCCCCACAGCAUGUUCAGCAUCCACCGACAGCCUCCAGAACACCACCAAACUAG